AUGAAUUGUUUCAGCGGCGUUGAGGAUGUUUUAGAAGAUGAUAAACUUGCUGCAUAUGAUAUUUUAUGGUCAAGUUAUAAACUAAAUAAAAAUAAACAAAAUCAAAUCAGCAGUAUAAAAGACUUUUAUGAUAAGCAUAUAAAGGGUAAUGAUAAGGAGUAUAUUAAUGAUAUAAUUGGUGUUGAAUCUUAUAAAAGUUAUGAAGAUGUUAUAAAUAAAAAACAAAAUUUGAUCAAUAUGGAUAUUAAAAUUGUGUCUAAAUUAUAUGAUGCAUUAAUAUUAUUAUGUGUCAUGUAUACUGAAAUUGAUACAGAUAAGUCAAAUUGCACAAAAUGUUCUCUAAAAGCUAAUGAAUUUGUUAAAAAAAUAUACAGAACUUAA